AUGCGCCUGAUCAAUGUUGAUACAUUCAAUUUGGACGAAAUCUAUGGAUCAGUGCCCCGCUAUGCUAUACUCUCACAUACAUGGGGAGCCGAUCACGAGGAACUGUCACUUCGCGACAUCACCGAGAAAAGUAUCAAAAGACAGAGUUUACCAUUCAAAGUCGCGAAAUGCUGCGAACAGGCAAAAAAAGACGGCAUUCAGUAUGCAUGGGUUGACACCUGCUGCAUUGACAAGACCAACUCAGUCGAACUCGGCGAGGCAAUUAACUCCAUGUUCCGAUGGUAUCAUGAAGCUGCCGUUUGCUAUGCCUACCUAGCCGACGUCACCAUUGAGGAUAAUAACCGUUUCCCAUUGACUCAGUUCAGUUCAUGCCGCUGGUUCCAACGAGGCUGGACUCUACAGGAGCUUCUGGCUCCUGAUAAUCUUCGCUUUUUCGAUUCAGGGUGGCGCUACCUCGGAACAAAGGCAAUGAGAUCGGGCAUUAUUGACCGCGUAUUCAGAAUACCGCGUCGGUUCUUGCAAGGAACCCCGUUAAGUGAGGCAAGCAUCGCUCAACGUAUGUCCUGGGCCUCCAACAGAGUCACAAAACGGGAUGAAGACAUUGCCUAUUGCCUUCUUGGAAUCUUCGAUGUGACUAUGCCGAUGAUCUAUGGUGAAGGGACUGAUCGAGCGUUCACUCGUCUCCAGCAAGAGAUCAUGAAAAGCUCAAGGGAUGAGUCAAUUCUGGCGUGGGGUCUUUCCAGCCUGGAGCAUCAUCUGUAUAAUUCAAAUGUUGAUAGGACCUUGUCAGCUGGUGUACUUGCCGCGUCCCCCGCUGACUUCCGAGGUUGUGAGAAUAUUGUUCCGCGUAUGAACGGGACCAGGUCUCCAUGCACGUUCCAGAUUGAAGGGGGCUUGGUUCGAGUCAAUCUAUCUCUACACCAAGACAGAAAUGGGCUUUUCGGCUUGCUCAACUGUGGGCUGUCAAGUCCGAACACUUUGGUAGCAAUCCCGCUUUUGAAAAGCCAGUCGAGUGAAUACUACCUUAGGCCACAAGAUCAUCCUGCAGUGAUUUACGACUCAAUUGCGACUAAGACAUCAGCUCAGCCGGUCUAUAUUCUGAUUGAACGGCAUAUGAAAACACCGCCGACAGCUAGAUAUAACAAUGAUUUCUUUGUCGAGGACCCUAUCGAAGCAGGGUUAGAACUUAUUGAAGUUGAACCUCCAGAUCGCUGGUUGCAAGAUCGGUCUAUUAUUACCACAUCGAGUGACCCUGCUGAUCAUGCUGUCCAAAAGCUCUGGACCCGGUUCCGCUCCGGAGGUGAAGACUCCAACGACUUCCUGGUGUUGCUCGAGUAUGAUACGCAGCCCCCUCAAGCGAAGGCUCGAUGUCACGUGAUGAUAUCUUCCAGAGCCACGUCCCUCCAAGAUCUGGCCCAGAGAUCCGGCUCUAUAAGAAAAGAAGCAUUCGGUAAACAAAGUGCCAGUGAUGGCAAGCUCAAUAUCCAGGCAAGCGUGGAACGAGACGACAUGCAAAAGAUAUUUGUGGUGAUAUUAGCCGUCACGGCGAGUCCGCCCAGUGUCACCAUUGAUGCCACAUUCGAGUUGGAAGUACUGACAUUCAAGCUUGAAGUGGAGGGCAUCAUGAAAGCGGAAGAAGAUUUGCGCCACGAAUCAGACAACCUCAAUCAGCAUGAAUGGGAUAUAAACUCCUCCUUAAAAUAUGCCAAGGCAGGCUUGAAUGACGUAGAAGGGGAAAUGGAAAGGUUCAAUGCGCUGAAAUCCCGGCUACUCAACACGAUCAGCAAAGCGACACAGGAUACAGCAAAUGCCAAUACCCGGGCGGAGGAACUUAGGCAACGGAGAGCCAUGUUGUCGGAACGCAGACGGUCACUUGGAAUGAAAUUGGAUGAUAGGCAUCAAAUAGUGCUGGAGACUGGAUAUGGUUUACCCCUGUAUCAGACUGGAGGCAGGGCGGCGGAAGCUGAGGCCGAAUUUGAUGGAUUGGUGAAAACUAAUAUUGAUUUGGUCAAACACAUCGAUGAUAUGUUAAGGUGUGAUGCAUUUCUUCGACGAUUUUUCUCCGAUAAAAAGAAAAAGGGUUUCCUGAUAUACUUAUGGAAGAAGGCCGAGCAUAUGUAUUCCGGCCACGGGUUGAAGGCCCACUACGAAAAGCCUAUGGCCUUGACAGUCAAGACGUCCAUAUACCAACAAGUGUUCUACUGCGAUGAUAGCUCAGGGAUGAGACGCGAAGAUCGUUGGGAUGUCCAGAAAGAACUCGUCAAGAAGUUGGCCGGUGUCACCACUCAACUGCUCCCUGCGGGCGAAGGCGUUGGGCUAAGUUUUGUUAAUAGUGAGGUUCAUAUAUUCCCUAACCUCGCAGUUGACCAGGUGAAGAAGAUCUUGGAUUCCGCGCCAUUGAGCCCCAGUGGCAACACUGCAAUUGGCACAAACCUAAGAUCUAGAAUUCUGGAGCCGCUAGUCUACAGAAAAGUCAGUUCGCAGAGACUCGAUAGGCCGCUGCUCAUAAUUAUAACUAUUGGUGGUUAUCCGGAGUCUAGAGCUGAAUCUGAAUUUGUGAACGCUAUCAUCGAAUGCGGCAGGAAGCUAGAACUCGCUGGAUACCCCCGCCGCACUGUGAUGUUUAUGAUCUAUCAAGUCGGAACAAGCAAAAAGGCUUCGAAAUUUGUACGACGCCUUAAGGAUGAUCCGGAUCUCUUUCCUAUGAUAUCCGUAUUCUCGGAGUGGGAAGGAUUCGAGGCCAUUGAUCCAACAGAAGAGGUUGGGGAAGAGACUCUCCCAACUUACGAUGCCCAAAAGUACUACCCCGUUCGUCUCGGGGAAAUUCUGAACGGCCGAUAUCAAGUGGUUGCCAAAUUGGGCUAUGGUGUCACAUCUACAGUCUGGCUCGGUCGCGAUCUAAGUGAUUCCAAGCAUGUUGCCUUGAAGAUUUAUGUUUCUGGUACUAUGAAGAGUAGCAACGAACUAGCCGUAUACGAACGCAUAAACGCAGUUGGAACAGACCACGCCGGAAAGAAUCUCAUUCGUCACCUAUGGGAUCACUUCUUCCUAGAAGGUCCCCAUGGCCGUCACAAGUGUCUCGUGCAUCAACCGCUCGGGCUUAGUGUAGACCAAUUCUUGUACUUCUUUCCGGGGAGGGUGAUGAACCUCGACGCUUUGAAGCCUUGUCUACGGCAGGUAUUGGGUAUAGUUGAUUUUCUGCACACUGAAGCUAGGGUCAUACACACCGAUCUACAACUGAAGAAUCUCCUACUUCCCGGAGAUCCUAAGAACUUCUCGGGUCUCGAAGACGCAGAGAUUGAGGCCCCUUCGGCUAGGAAAAUACUUGGCCAUGAGCGCACGAUCUACACCAGCCAAAUUGUUGUCCCUGGGAAUGGAUUGCCAUUGCUCAGUGACUUUGGAGAAGCUCGGUUCAGCGAUGAAGGGCAUGACGAGGAUAUCAUGCCAAAUCUUUACAGGGCUCCCGAGGUGGUGCUAAAGAUGAACUGGGAUAGCAAGGUGGAUGUGUGGAGCAUUGCCCUGAUGGCCUGGGAUAUAGUCUGCUCUACCACGCUAUUCGAUGGCAGAAACAGUGACGGUGUUUUCGAUGAUCGAGUUCAUCUUGCCGAGAUGAUUGCAAUCAUGGGGCCACCUCCCAACGACUUCAUCAAACGAAGCAAAGUAGGCUCGGUUUUCUGGGAUAAGGAUGGCAAAUGGAAGGACCUUGCGCCGGUGCCGAACAUGACACUCGAGGACCGGGCGGCUGAUAUCCAAGGACCUGACAAGGAAGCAUUCUUGAAACUUAUGCGAAGAGCGUUAACAUGGGACCCUAAGGACAGACCAGCUGCCGGAGAACUGAUUUUUGAUGAGUGGCUUAUGAAGGGAUUGCAGCUUCCGGCUCAUCUGUCGAAGCACACCUAGUUGUGAUGCGAUUUUUUUCUGUUAGAUUCAUUGUAAAGUGUCGAAUUUGGCGGAUUAUACCUCUUGUAGCUCACAAGAGGAACUCUUCCU